CGCAGGAGGUCCGGUCCCUCGGCGCAGCCGGACGCGAUCGCCGCCGUCACCGGGAGCCGCCGCCCCGCCCGCCGGGACCGCCGGUCUCCCGAGCUGGCCAGGAUGGCGCAGUGGAACCAGCUGCAGCAGCUCGACACGCGCUACCUGGAGCAGCUCCACCAGCUCUACAGCGACAGCUUCCCCAUGGAGCUCCGGCAGUUCCUGGCCCCCUGGAUUGAAAGCCAGGACUGGGCCUAUGCUGCCAGCAAGGAGUCUCAUGCCACGCUGGUGUUCCACAACCUGCUGGGGGAGAUUGACCAGCAGUACAGCCGCUUCCUGCAGGAGUCCAACGUCCUCUACCAGCACAACCUGCGCCGCAUCAAGCAGUUCCUGCAGAGCAGAUACCUGGAGAAGCCGAUGGAGAUCGCCCGCAUCGUGGCUCGCUGCCUCUGGGAAGAGUCCCGGCUCCUCCAGACAGCUGCUACUGCAGCCCAGCAAGGGGGACAGGCAACACAUCCCACAGCAGCUGUGGUGACAGAGAAGCAGCAGAUGCUGGAGCAGCACCUGCAGGAUGUCAGGAAGAGGGUGCAGGAUCUGGAGCAGAAGAUGAAAGUGGUGGAAAAUCUCCAGGAUGACUUUGAUUUUAACUACAAGACUUUGAAAAGCCAAGGAGACAUGCAGGACCUGAACGGGAACAACCAGUCAGUGACCAGGCAGAAGAUGCAGCAGCUGGAGCAAAUGCUGACAGCACUGGACCAGAUGCGCAGGGGCAUAGUGAGUGAGCUGGCUGGGCUGCUCUCAGCCAUGGAGUAUGUGCAGAAGAUGCUGGCAGAUGAGGAACUGGCAGACUGGAAGAGGAGACAGCAGAUUGCCUGCAUUGGUGGCCCACCCAAUAUCUGCCUGGACAGGCUUGAGAACUGGAUAACCUCCCUCGCUGAAUCACAGCUACAGACCCGGCAGCAGAUCAAGAAGUUGGAAGAGCUGCAGCAAAAAGUGUCCUACAAGGGUGACCCAAUCGUGCAGCACCGGCCCAUGCUGGAGGAGCGCAUCGUGGAGCUCUUCAGGAACCUGAUGAAAAGUGCUUUUGUGGUGGAGAGGCAGCCCUGCAUGCCCAUGCACCCUGACAGGCCCCUGGUCAUCAAGACAGGUGUGCAGUUCACCACCAAAGUCAGGUUGUUGGUCAAGUUCCCAGAGCUGAACUAUCAGCUGAAAAUCAAAGUCUGCAUUGACAAGGACUCUGGGGACGUUGCAGCACUUCGUGGGUCCCGCAAGUUUAACAUCCUGGGGACCAACACCAAGGUGAUGAACAUGGAAGAGUCAAACAAUGGCAGCCUCUCAGCAGAGUUCAAGCACCUGACCCUGAGGGAGCAGCGCUGUGGCAAUGGAGGCAGAGCCAACUGUGAUGCCUCGCUGAUAGUCACUGAGGAGCUGCACCUCAUCACCUUUGAGACAGAGGUGUAUCACCAGGGGCUGAAGAUCGACCUGGAGACCCACUCGCUGCCUGUGGUGGUCAUCUCCAACAUCUGCCAGAUGCCCAAUGCCUGGGCAUCCAUCCUGUGGUACAACAUGCUGACCAACAACCCCAAGAACGUGAACUUCUUCACCAAGCCCCCCAUUGGCACCUGGGACCAGGUGGCAGAGGUGCUGAGCUGGCAGUUCUCCUCCACCACCAAGCGCGGGCUCAGCAUCGAGCAGCUCACCACGCUGGCAGAGAAGCUGCUGGGACCAGGUGUGAAUUACUCUGGCUGUCAGAUCACCUGGGCCAAGUUCUGCAAGGAGAACAUGGCUGGCAAAGGCUUCUCUUUCUGGGUCUGGCUGGACAACAUCAUUGACUUGGUCAAGAAGUACAUCCUGGCACUGUGGAAUGAAGGGUACAUCAUGGGCUUCAUCAGCAAGGAGCGGGAGCGAGCCAUCCUGAGCACCAAGCCCCCAGGGACCUUCCUGCUGCGCUUCAGUGAGAGCAGCAAGGAGGGUGGCAUCACCUUCACCUGGGUGGAGAAGGACAUCAGUGGAAAGACACAGAUCCAGUCGGUGGAGCCUUACACCAAGCAGCAGCUGAACAACAUGUCCUUUGCUGAGAUCAUCAUGGGCUACAAGAUCAUGGAUGCCACCAACAUCCUGGUGUCCCCUCUGGUGUACCUGUACCCAGACAUCCCCAAGGAGGAGGCAUUUGGGAAGUACUGCCGCUCUGAGAGCCAGGAGCACUCGGAAGCCACGGACUCAGGUAGUGCUGCUCCAUACCUGAAGACCAAGUUCAUCUGUGUCACCCCCACCUCCUUCAGCAACACCAUCGACCUGCCCAUGUCCCCGCGCACGCUGGACUCGCUCAUGCAGUUCGGCACCGGCGGCGAGGGCGCGGAGAGCAACGCAGGGGGGCAGUUUGAGUCGCUGACCUUCGACAUGGAGCUGACCCCAGAGUGCGCGUCCUCGCCCAUGUGAGGGGCUGCGGCUCAGCCUUCCCACCUCCAGAGCCUCCCCUGGAUUUGUCCCGCUCGGCUGCAGCUGCUCCAGGAACUGCUGGGGUCCCUGCGUGGGUCAGGUCCUCACCUAACCCAGCCCCUCUCUGGGGUGGUGCAGCUCACCUCUGGGGGAGGGGGAUGAACCUUUUUCUAUUUCCUUCCAUAACAGUUUUCUAUUAUUUUUGCUCAUUCAAGUGCCUAUUUGCCUCCGAUUGCAGCCACAGUUCCUACAAACGCUUCCACAGCCCCGGUCCCGCUGCUGGAAGCUGCUGCCCUGACUGUGCCCACUCACAAAUCUGGAAUUGCAGAGGGGCUUGGCCAUUGGCAGGGUCUGCCCUGCUGCUCCCAGCACCUCCUAGAGCUGGCAGGGUGCUGGGGUGAGUCCCCUCUCUGCACCCACCUGGUUUUGGCCAGGAUGACCAGGACAGGGCUCAGAGCUGCAGGUGGAUGUAUCCAGGUGCUCCCACCCUGGACUCAGCAGGCACUGCCCCUGCUGGACUCAGCCUGGGUUUGCUGGGAGCCCAGAGGUUCAGGAGCUGCUUGUGCUUGUCCCCAGCUUCCUGCUUUGGACACAGGGAUCUGGCCAGUGCCAGCAGCCCAGGCUCCUUUUGGGAUGGCUGGUGUCCCUGGGGUAGGGCAGUGCUGCUACCCAGUGAUGGCACCUGUGUGUGACCAGCAUCUGCAGCUGUGGCCCAUUCUGGGACCUGGAUAAAGCCCCAGGGGCUGUCCUGGCUUCCCUGUGGCCAGGCUGGUGCUGGGAGCACAGUCUUGCAUCCAGCCCUGUGCUGAGUUAGACCAGUUGGACCCUGGGGAAUUGGGGGAGCCAGCAUGGCUGACAGUGGGACACCUGGCCUGUCCCUUUCUCUCUGGGUGUGAGGGGCCAGGCAUGGGGUCUGCAGCUUCUUGGGGGCUUCAUGUGGCAUUUCUGUUGGAGGUUGGCCCUCACAGUUAAGGUGGGAAGGGUCAAGAGUUGAAGGGAGCAGGUGGAUGUGAGGAGAGGAACCUGCUGUGGGGCAGUGCAGGACAGUGACAGGGGUGUUGUGAAGGGCAAUGUCCUGACUUUUGGGGGGUUGGUCCUGCAUUUAACAGAACUGGGGGAGCCUCCCUGCCCUUUCCAUGCAGUGGGAAGGCAGACACAGAUGAGCAGUGGAGGGGUGGGGGAGGCAGUGGCAGAGCUGCUCCCUCCGAGUUGCAUCACAGCUGGUGGCAGGGAACCAGAGGGCAGGGGGAGGAUCCCCGUGGUGGUGGGGUCUGGGCAAGCCCCUCCAGGCUGUGUGGGAGCACGAAGGGGGUUUGUGGCUGGCCCUGGGGCUGCUCAAGGGCAAUGAGGGCCCUUUGCCCCGCUGCUCGCUCACCGCAGUCCCCGGCAGCAUUCGAUACUGUAAAAAAACUUUAUUUUUUUGUAUAUUUUAUUGCUGUAUCUACAGGCUUGAACUUUCUCCGAAAUAAAGGCCCUGAAGCGA